ACCACUCCACCUACGAGUGGAUGGUCAAAACUCUUGCCAUCACCGACCGUUUCGAUGAUCUUCACUCUCUCCUUCAAGAGGGAGGGGGUUGAACAGCUGCUACUUGAAUCCAGCGAAGAUCAUGCCAUCAUCUGUGAUUUGGAUACCCUUGAAAAAAUUGCAAUGAGAGGGUUGUCUCUUGCUUUGUCUCAUGGGGAGUGCUUUGGUAUGUUUGGUCCCAAUGGUGCAGACAAAAACUAUUUCAUUAGUAUGGCAGUGGAAGAAUUUGUUGAGAGUGUCAACCUAUUUCAUGGAGGGACUGGUGACAAGCAGGCUGGAAAAUACAGCGGAGAGAUGAACAGGAGGCUUUUGUUGCCAUUUCAAUGAUUGAAGAUCCCAAAGUAUAUGUUAACCUUCAUACCAAUGUUUUAAAAGUUGGACUAGACCGGCUAGUUCAAUUAGUCAAACCAUCGACUGGAGUCUAGUCCGGUUCAAUUUGGGCUUUGGCCUGGAAUAAUACAUGCUAAACCAGCAUUGAGCUGGGUGAAUCGGCAGUUGAACCGCUGAAACAGCGGACAGACUA